UUUGUGGGAUGUUUUUUUUCUGUUGUACCUGAUUGUCCCCAUACUUUUUUUUUUGAAGGCAUCAAACCACUUGCUCUUUAAUGUACUUAUAUCAUCAUCACUCAUCCUUUAUUCAAUUGAAUAUCGUAAACUCUUCAAUUGUUCUUUAAGACAGUACUCGUUAUACUCAAUAAGAUAUAAUCUACUCAAACUAUGGCUACAACAAGACGGUUUUAUAAACCAUUACAUGAUUUCAUCAACUCUUCAGCUGACUUUAAAAUCAUUUAUACUCUAGCUAAACAUGAUAAUUCAGACAUUGCAACUCCUCAUUCAUCGAUUGUAUUACCAACGACAAGAAGAAUAUGUGUGCUUGACUCAUCAUUCAAUCCUCCUCAUCUUGGACAUUAUGCAUUGAUUAAAGAAUCCCUUAACCCUAAUCAUUAUUAUCAAAACACAACCAAUAUCAAUGAUCAUAGUAUCGUUGAAAAAGAUGAUGAAAAGGCUAUAUUAUUAUUAUUAUCAGUUAAGAAUGCCGAUAAGAUAAAACCCGUCCCAGAAUCAUUUGAAAAUAGAUUGGAAAUGAUGUAUUUGAUGAUUCAUGAUUUAUCUCAAAAAUUCCCCCAUUCAAAAUCAAUCAGUAUAGGAUUAACCAAACAUGCUAAAUUCGUCGAUAAAUCAAUAUCAAUCUUAAAUUAUUUACAUAAUGAUAAUGAUUAUACCGCAACUUCUCAUAUAAAAUUAACUUUCUUAGUAGGGUUCGAUACCUUGAUAAGAAUUUUUAAUCCAAAAUAUUAUUUACCUGAUAAAUUAUCAACUUCUUUAGAAGAAUUCAUGGCUUCAACCGAUAUCUUUUGUUUAACUAGAAAUGAUAAUUCAGUAUCGGAACUAGAUCAAUCUACCUUUGUAGAAGAUAUUAAAAAUGGUAAACAUGUCGAUAUCCCAUCUCAUUGGUCAAAUAAUAUCUUUUUAAUUAAUAAUGGUGAUAAAAUAAGUUUCAUAAGUUCAUCAAAUAUAAGAUCAAAUAUUUUAUCAGGCUCAAAUAAUUGGCAUGAUAAAGUUAUUCCUGAAAUUAAAGAUUUUAUAAUUAAUGAAAAAUUAUAUCAUCAUUAAUAAUUCAUUUACAAAAUUCUUCUUUUAACUAACUA